UGAGAAUAAAAGCCAGCCUUGUGGGGAAAAUCAUUCUGCUUACCCUCUCACCACCCUUGUGAUUGUUUCUGACUUGCGUAUAUUUAGCAUAAUGGCAGGCAAACCAACUCUGUCAGAUGCCCUUGCAGUGAUGGUGGGCAUUUUCCACGAAUAUGCAGGCAAGGAUGGAAAUGCAUGUUCACUGAAUAAGGGAGAGUUUAAAGCCUUGAUCGAGUCACAGUUCCCACAUGUGUUUGAGAACUCUAAAGACAAAGAAGGAAUACAGAAACUCAUGAAUGAUCUGGACCGCGACAAGAGUGGCGAAAUUGAUUUCACAGAGUACAUGACAUUUCUAGCUUCAUUGGCAGUAGUGUGCAAUGAAUACCUUCUUCAAAGCUUGAAAGAGGGCAAGAAGUCAUGCAAAUAAAUGAAAAACAAUGCAGUACUAAGUAUUUGCUUUUCAGAUGUUUUGUAUUUUGAUAAUAAGAAAAUCAAAUAAAAGGCCAUUAUAGCUUCAAAA